AUGAAAAAACGCUUUCUCAAAUUAUAGGAACGAAGAAUAUACAAAGUUUGUUUCUGUAUAAAUUAUGUAAAAUAACUAUUCAUUAAAAAGUAAUUGUUUAAAGACAUGCAGUAAGUAAAUUUUGAGAAUCAAAUUUAAAAAAGUAAGGAGUGGUCUACAUUGCCUUAUGAUCAAUUCAAUAAAAAUAAAAUUGAGAGCAAUUUAGAGCAUGAGGGAGUGGAAUUGCCUCCACCUUAACUUAUGAAUAUGAUGAGCUACUUGUCAGAUAAGUUCGAGGAAGAGUUAGAAUCCCCGAUUAACAUUAAGUUACAAACAGAGAACCAUUAGAACCAAUAAGAAGAUGUUUAAAUCGAUAAAAACAUUGAAGGGCCUAUCAUUUAAAUUUAAGUUUAGCCAUCGAAACCUGAUGAUCAUUUCAUUUCUACUUUAGAACAAAGAAGUAGAAGAAUACGCAAAUAAAACAUAAAUGCUAAUUUGCAAAGAAACUAUGAGUAUAAUUAGGAAUCUGAUCUAAAUUCCCAAUCUAAUGAACACACUAUGAAUCCUUGUAAUUGCUCUAAGUCUAAUUGUCUUAAGUUGUACUGUCAAUGUUUCCAUUAAAAUAAACAAUGUACGGAGCUUUGCAAAUGUUUGGAUUGCAAGAAUUGUGAUUAUCAUACCUAAGUUAGAUAGACGGCAUUAGAGAAAAUUAAGAUGAAGUCCUAGAGAUAAAAACAUGAUAAUGAUCUCUUUGACCUAUCCAAAGUGUGGGGUUGCAAAUGUUAAAAAUCCCAAUGUUAAAAAAACUAUUGUGAAUGUUUUAGGAGAAAUCAAAAAUGUAAUUCAAGUUGUAGAUGCAAGGAUUGUGCUAAUAAGAAAAAAAUACCAAAUUAAUUUAAGAAAAAGAAGAAAUUUGAAACUGCUACCAAUUGA